GCCGCCGGCGGCGCAGGGCGGGCCGCCCGCCCGCGGCCCGGACUACAGCUCCCGGCGAGCCCCGGCGGCGGCGCGGCGCCGAGUGGCUCCGGGGCGGGGCGGGCGCGCGGGGCCGCGCGCCGGGGCAGCGGGAUGUGCGCGCGGAGCCCCCGCCGCCUCCUCCGCGCGGGACAGAGCCGCGGCAGCGACGCUGAAGGGGCGAGGCCUCCGCCCCGCCGCCCGCAUGGAGCUGAGCGGCGCAGAAGCGGCCUCCACCCGGCUCCUCAGCCUCACCCAGCGCUCUGUCUCUGAAGACCUGGGUUGCAGACGCGGAGAGUUUAGCAGAAAGCAUUAUGGAUCUGUGGAGCUGCUUAUAUCUAGUGAUGCUGAUGGAGCCAUUCAGAGAGCUGGACGGUUCCGUGUAGAAAAUGGCACCUCUGAUGAGAAUACAGACUACACUCCAGGUACAUGGCACAGAACGGAUGUGCAUCUGGAAAACCCAGAGUAUCAUACAAGAUGGUAUUUCAAAUAUUUUCUAGGAAAAGUUCAUCAAAAUUAUGUAGGUACAGAUGCAGAGAAAAACCCUUUCUUUCUGUCUGUUGUACUCUCUGACCAAAAUAACCAGCGUGUUCCUCAAUAUCGUUCAAUUCUUUGGAGAAAAACAGGUACUCAGAAAAUAUGCCUUCCUUAUUGUCCCACAAAAACAUUAUCAGUGAAAUCUAUACUAAGUGCUAUGAGUCUUGACAAGUUUGAGAAGAGCCCGAGGGAAAUUCUUCAUCCUGAGAUACAAAAGGAUUUGUUGGUUCUUGAAGAGCAAGAGGGAUCUGUAAAUUUUAAAUUUGGAGUCCUUUAUGCUAAGGAUGGGCAGCUUACAGAUGAUGAAAUGUUCAGCAAUGAAACUGGAAGUGAAAGCUUUCAAAGAUUUUUGGGUCUCAUGGGCGACAAAAUUACUUUGAAAGGCUGGACAGGCUACAGAGGAGGACUGGACACCAAAAAUGAUACAACAGGAUCCUUUUCCAUCUAUACAGUUUAUCAAGGGCAUGAAAUUAUGUUCCAUGUUUCAACCAUGCUACCAUAUUCUAGAGAGAACAAGCAGCAGGUAGAAAGGAAGAGACAUAUUGGAAAUGACAUUGUAACUAUCGUGUUUCAGGAAGGAGAAGAGUCUUCUCCAGCAUUCAAGCCAUCCAUGAUUCGUUCUCAUUUUACACAUAUUUUUGCCUUGGUGAGAUACAAUAAGCAGAAUGAUAGUUACAGGCUGAAAAUAUUUUCAGAAGAAAGUGUUCCUCUCUUUGGGCCUCCCCUUCCAUCCCCACCUGUGUUUACAAAUCACCAGGAAUUCAGGGAUUUUGUGUUAGUGAAAUUAAUAAACGGGGAAAAAGCCACCUUGGAAACCCCAACAUUUGCUCAGAAACGUCAGCGCACUCUAGACAUGCUGAUUCGCUCUUUAUACCAGGACCUGAUGCCUGAUCUACACAAGGUAAAUAACAUGCUCAAUAGGAGGUCCUUUAGUGAUGUCUUACCAGAGUCCCCCAAAUCAACACGGAAAAAAGAGGAAGCUCGGCAAGCAGAAUUUGUCCGUCUUGGUCAAGCUUUGAAAUUGAAAACCACUGUGAAAGGGGAUGCCCCAACUAAUUUGGCAACCACAAGCCUUUGUAAAAAGGAGCCUUGGGAGUCCCAGUCUUUCUGCAGCAAUUUUCCUCAUGAGGUUGUCUGUGCGGAUUCUUGGGGCCAGUCCUUGCUAGUUUCUACAGAUGCUGGCAUCUUGUUAGUAGAUGAUGAUCAACCUUUGGUACAAGUAUUUGAUAAAACUCUCCAAAUAAAGCAGAUGCAUGUGCUGGAACCUCUGGAUCUUUUGAUUGCCAGAACAGACAAAGGGAAGGACUCUCGUCUCCUUGUCUUCAGACUCAGUGCUGUCCAAAAAGAUAUAGAAACAAAGCAGAUGAUAAGGAGCAAAUAUGACUGCAGAGAAAAUAAACUGGAGAGAACAAAAGGCUGCCAUUUGUAUGCCAUUAAUACUCACCAUGGCAUUGAACUGAGGAUUGUUGUGGCUAUUCGAAACAAACUACUUCUUGUCACAAAGAAAUACAAUCCGUGCAACAGUUUAACCAGCGGCUCUCUGCUAUCAUCAUCUGAAUCUCCAGUAGAGGAAUUCCAGUACAUCCGGGAAAUAUGCCUUUCCGACCCUCCAGUGGUUAUGACACUGGUGGAUGGACCUACUGGAGACAGUGACAAUAUGAUCUGUGUAGCGUAUCGGCAUCAGUUUGAUUUAGUUAAUGAAAGUACUGGGGAGUCCUAUAGAUUGCAUCAUGUUGAAGCAAACAAGGUUAAUUUUGUUGCAGCUAUUGAUGUUUAUGAAGAUGGUGAAGCUGGGCUACUGUUAUGUUACAACUAUGUUUGCCAGUAUAGAAAGGUGUAUCCCCUUAAUGGAGGUUCUCCAUUGAUCCAGCCAUCAGCUUCUGACUUCCACUUUAGCUGGAAUCAAGUUCCUUAUGCUGUUGUUUGUGCUUUCCCGUAUAUUCUUGCCUUCACUACUGAUUCCAUCGAGAUCCGGUUAGUGGUGAAUGGGAACUUAGUCCAUACAGCAGUCAUGCCUGGGCUUCAACUUGUAGCAUCAAGGUCAGAUAUUUAUUUUAAAGCUACUGCUGCAGUGAGUGGAUCACCUAGUAGCAGUUCCAAGGAAAUGAGUUCAAGAAGUUCUCCUCAAACACCGAUAGCAUACGAAAUGGCAGAAUGUCCUGUUUCUUCUUUAGAAGGUGAAGUUCCAUGCAAAAACCUGUACAAAAUUCCUCUCAGUAAUCUGGUCGGGCGGAGCAUUGAACGACCUCUGAAGUCACCUUUGGUUCCCAAGGUCGUCACUACUCCAAUAUCCAGUGGCAUUGCUUCUGUUCCUGUUACUCACUCACUAUCAUUAUCUCGUAUGGAAAUUAAAGAAAUCGCAAGCAGAACACGUAAAGAAUUGUUGGGCCUCUUGGAUGAGCCGAUUCCCAAGACAGAAGGCCUACAGAAGCAAAAAAAGGUUUCUCGAAGACAGUCAGACCCCAAGCGGGGAGCAGUAAGAUCAACUAGUAGUGACAGGAUAAUCUCAAGCUCUUCUGAAAGCAAUUCUGAAAAGCGUCAUCUUUCCACUAGUUCAGAUCCUGAUACUGUAGCAAACAGAGAGGAGAGCCCACCAUCUAGCUGUCCUUUUCAGCUGACUUCUUUAUAUGAUGAAGACAUCAUUGACUUGAAGUGAUGAGAGUCUGAAAACCUUUCUUCUUUCCUUUUCUUAAAACUCUGUGAGCUCUAUAGGAAUGUCACAAACACUGCUUCUAGUGAUAAACAUGGCUGGAGGUAUUGGUGAUUAAUCUUUAUAGAAUCCAUGUUGUUCUGGCUAGCUCAGCCUGACUUGGUGAUGCUUACAUCCUUGACAUAUAGAUGUUUUCUUUUCUCAUUUAAUGAACCAUUACUGUUUGUGGCAUUCAAAAGGUAGGUAAUCAGUGAGAGCUUUAGGCUGAAACUGAACUGAAUAAAAAGUAAUCUUCUUUCUGAACUUCUUAUAUUUGAAGUACCUGAAUGAAAGCAACAUUUAGCUAAGCUGAUUGCUGUUACUAGUAUUAUGAGUUCUUUUAAAAGUGUGUCAUGUAGGAAGAAGAAUUUGGUAAUGUAAAUCACGCCUUUUGUUUUUUAAUCUUUUUUUUUAAAAAAAAAAAAAAAAGGUUGUAGGCAAGGUCUUUCCAAACAGUGCAGUUUGUCCUUGAAAUGGUGCAGCUGUGUUAUGUUCACUGAAGAAUCAAGGAUAUUCUGUAAAGAUCAGGUAAGAUAUGAACAUGCUGCUUUCUUUGCUCUAACCUAUCCAUGCACAUUUUUUAAAAGAAACCUGAAAACUGUUUUGGCUUUAAGAAUCCUUGAGCAGAGAGACUCUUUAUAUAAAACACAAACUUUCAAAAUAUUCCUUAAAAAUUGAAAGUCAAAGAAAUAUUUUGCUUUUCCAUCUGCUGAAAUACUGUUCCUGUAGUGCACCUACAGAUUUUCCAUUACAGGCAGAAGUCAACACUUGAUUUUCUUUUUGACUACACAAGGAUUCCUAUGCAGGCAUCAAAAUUAGCUGUUGUCUGCACUUGCAUUAACAGUGAUAGUCUUUGCUCCGGAUAAUUGUAUUUUUCUAAGCUGAUCCAGACUGAAGUUUCACUGCUAAGCAGCUAGUUUUCUAUGACGAAGUGGUCAUAUAAGAUCUUUUGUUCUGUUAAAAGACAAGAUUUCAUCUUUAAGGAUUGUUAGUUUUGUUUUUAUUGUCUUACCCUUUCCUCUAUGCCAAAAAUCAAUUUUAAACAAUACGUUGAAAGGGUUUGCUUUCUUUUCAUUUUUCCAGACUUUUUAUAUAUGAAGAUUUUAGCUUUAUUAGCAAGGUUUUUUUUGCUCUAUACUUAGUAAUACUUCUGCUUUCUUGAUUUAUUUUGUAGUAUCAUUCACGUAUCAUGAUUUCACUUUCUGUCCAAGCAUGAAUAUCUGGAGAUUUGUGCCUUUUUUUACUUCAGUCUGUCUGAAUGUAAAACUUUUUUCCAAAGUACUUUGUGCCCAGUUCAUUAUAUGUAAUGGCUUAAUUGCUCCACCUAAGAAAAUAUGCAAAGCCUUAAUUGAAGGGAUCGCUUCUUAUUCUCAACUACAAUGGCCGAUCAAGGAAAGAAGCAAUAUUUUUCAAAGAGUAAUUAAUCUAGGAGCAGAAGCAGUGUUAACCAAUGGCUGCUAUUGUUUCAGGAUUUUUGCACCCUUAAUAAAUAUCUGAAAGGAAAUGCUAGCUUGAAGUCUUUGCAAGAGGUUGUAACUUUUUUUUCUUUGUUUUGGAGAAUGUUAUUUCCAGAGAUUGUAUUCAUCUAUCCUGUCCUAUUUACCUGGUCAGCUAAGGCUGAAAAAAUAUGAGUCUGAAAGUAUUGCAUGUGAUGCUUAUUUUUGCUGGAAGUUGUGGACUCAUUGAAUCCACUUUAGGGAGCACUACUGACACUAAAAUAAGUUUAGAAAGCAGAAGCAUCACCUUCUCUUUUCCAUAAACUGAAUUCUCAGUGUAGUAUUUUACUUCUGUUGUGUGUGUGUUUUUGAAGACUGUACCAGUAUGUUGCAGAACUCAGGCUUUAGUUAAGAUAAAAUUUUAACUGGAAACUUUGCUUUGCAUUCUCAAAAUAUCAGAUUUUAAAUAUAUUGCAGUUGUUCACUCCUGCUGUUCUAGCAUGACUUACCAUGACUAAUAGUUUGAUAAUAGCUGAAGCAACGCAGGGAGUUUAAAAAGUUUGUUUUGAAGAACCUGAGCAAAUACAUCUUUAGGUAUGCUGAAAGACAUAGAAAGGCCUUAGAGAUGGAGCACUAGAGAGACCAAGAAGAAUGGGGAAAGUUUGACAGAUGACGACCCCUGGAAAUGGCGGUACUCGGGAUGCGUAUAGCUGGGGCAUUUGCACCUUAACCAAGACCCAGUUAGAGUCAGAGAGCCUCAGGAAGGCAAGUUAUUUUCUUUGAGCAGAAUCACAGCAAUGGCAAUAAGGUGUUGCCCAGAAUUUAAGUAUCUGCAGUAUAUACACAAAUACACACACACAGACGCAUGCGCACACUAUCUUUAUCUAUAUAUACCUAUGUAUAUAUGUCUGUAAUAGCAGCGCUGAUGCCAUCCAGCAAAUACUAAGAAGCAGUAAAAGAAUUGAAAGGAGUACUGCUCAAAUUUGAAUGCUUAAGCUUGACAAAAAAUGAUCAGACUGACUACAUGGUAUUUAUCUCAAACAGGAUGUUGGAACAGCUUGAAGAGGGAAGCCCAGAUUCUGUCAACUCUUUUUUUUUUCCCUAAUCUGAAUUUUAUGCUGUAGCUUGACUUAAUGGGUCAGAUGCAAGCUGUUAGCAGGUCACAUUGGCACCUUCUGGUCCUAAAAGAAUAUUACUCAUACAGGACAGAUGGGAUCUGAACACUGAAAAAAAAAUACCUGUCUUUAUUCCAAAUGUAUGCAGUAAGUGCCUUAACAAGACUAUCAUUUCUUGAGUUUUUGCUUCUGCAAUUAAUCAGCAUGUCUUGCAGGCAAGUAGGAAUAUCAGACCUAUCAAAAGGAAUUGGGAAAGAUCAGGUGACAUUAGUUUGCCUGUAUGACUCCCAGAGAUAGUAGCUGAGGCCUUGGGGCGGUGUACAUGUAGCUGUUAGAUACUUACUGUAGGAGAGCAGCCUGGAGUGUAAGUAGAAGGUAGAGCGCAUGGUACUGAUGUUACGAUUUUGUUGUGACACAAGCCACAAGAACCAAAUUCGAUGAAAGACUGUAUCACAUUUAUUGUGUCUAAAACAGAUUAUUGCACAAUUGUGUGAAACUGCUGAAACAACUGGACAAACAGCCACUGUACAAGGUGGGUACUUAAAACUGUACUGUGGGUUCUUAAAAGCCUCAGACUGUGCCAUGGGUUACAUGCAGUACACAUUAAUUUUUAUAAAUGUUUGAAAAAUGAAAAUAAUGAAACCCUUCCUUCUAAGGAGAGAUAAAGACACAUGUGCAGCUUGGAAGGGGUAGGUGCUAUCAAUCCCAGUAGGCAGAAAUAUAAACUCUAGAAAGAAUAGAUGCAUGUGAACAAUCAAUACCUUCAGUUGCUUGUUUUGCAAAGAAAAAGUGGUCCUGUUCUGAUUACAACCCUUUCCUGGGUUUUGGGGCUUUGUUGUUGUUUUAAGUGCAUAACAUACAGCAUGCAAGCAGCAGCCAGAACGAGUAGUGCGCCUGCACAUGACUUUAUAUACACAUGCAAGCCACACAAAUGUUUCUCAUAAAUAAUAAAUAUUUAUUAUUGCCUGGUAGAUUCAACUGAAAUAUUGAGUACUAGGCCAGUCAAUUAUAUAAAUAUUUAGGCAGUUUGUAGUAUGGUGGGGAGCAGUUAACCAUUUAGAUAGGACCCACAAGAAGAGCAACACUGACAUGACCAGUUACAUAUGCUCAAAUUUGCUGCUCCUGCCAUUUACUUUCUGCUUUUCUGCCAAUUCAUCUACUUAGGAUAAGCCAGUUUCAUGCUAAUGCAUGCUUUCCUAAAGGUGUGCAUUUAUAACUUGUGCGUGCAGCUGCAGGAGCUUUCCCAGCCUGAUCUGUUUUUUUUUUCCCCUGCAUUUGGGAAGUAUUUCUUUUAUGUUUGUGAUGGCUUUCACAAGUUUUAAAUGACUAAAAGUACUAAGCAUAUAUAAGAAUCUAACAUAACUUGAUCUUACAACAAAUAUCAUCCCAUUUGCAAGUGAAAGGGUGUUUUGGUAUCAUUUUUGUUGCUGUCUCUGUAUGAAGCUAAGUACCAUACUAUAUUACCAUUGUUAACAAUUUGGUGUCACAGUUCAUGUGCCCACUGCCUGCCAAUUAUCUUAAAGUAGUAUUUUCUAAUAACCUACCUAAUUUUUGUGAGGGGAUAAACUAUACCCUGAGAACUAAAUACCUAAUACUAAGGAUACAGGAAAUGUUCUGUGAUUGUCUGCAGCAAACAAACAGCUGUACUAGCAUGCAGGAUAGAAAGUACGUUUUACUGUUAACUUACAGGAGAGGACAGUAACUGUGCCAGGCUGCACAAUGGCCUAGCUGCUUCACUUUGCUGCUGACUUGCAACUGACUGACUCCUGUUUGCUGCUUAAAAUAACAUUAGCACCAUAAUUUGAAAAGAAAAUUUAGGAGUAUUUUUUGCAUAUUUAUUUGUAGCUUUGUUAGGUAUUUAUCUGGUUGAAUGAAAAUGUUAUGUCUCUAAGGGUUUGUACAGAAAGUGUUAUCAACUUGAAAUGUCAGUUUUAAUGAAGUCUUUGAAUGUUAGUAGAUUGCUUUGUACUUUAAUAACUGCAUAUUGUUAAGACUGUUGCUAAAUUUCUGUGAUGAAAAACUAUUUACCACCACUUGUCUUAAAAUUUGAUGUAUUGCCAUUGUUUUUAAUGUCAUGUGAUAAUAUGUAUGUUUUGUUUUAGAUGUAGCAUCCAAAUAAUAGAAACAUUCCUAUCAAAACAGUUCUAGCUAUAAGUGCAGUGUAUCACUUUCUGCAGGGGUAACAGACACCAUUUAUUCCUUCACCUAUAAUAAACAAUAAAUUUGACACCACUUA